GAGUUUCCCCUCUCCCGUCUCCAGACCUGAGUUGGGGUGGCACCACUCUCCGGUCUCUCUGCUGGUAACCCUGACGGUCCUGGUCCCCCUCCCCAAACUAAACUACACGUCUGACUCUUUAAACGUUUGGGACGAGAAUCGUCGAAACUCUGCAAUGGAUCAGCAUAAGUAUCGCACAGCGGGCGUCCAGGAGAAGCUGGAGAUCGUCGGGGUGGAGGACGAGGCCGGGAACCCCAUCAGCGCCCUGACUAUCCUGUCCCUGCUAGAGCGCGUGGCCGGCAUCAUCGACAACGUCCAGUCCGGCCAGCAGCGCAUGGAGGAGCGUCAGCUGGAGCUGGAGAACAACAUCAAGAGCAUCCAGGGCGACGUCAUGAAGCUGGCCAAGGACCACGGCGACACCAGCGGCACGGUGGAGAAGCUCCUGCAGAAGACCCGCAAGGUCAGCGCCAACGUCAAGGAGGUCCGCUCCCGCGUGGAGAAGCAGAACGUACGAGUCAAAAAGGUCGAGUCCACACAGGACGAGCUGCUGACGCGCAACAAGUUCCGAGUGGUCAUCUAUCAGGGGGAGACAGAGGUUCCAUCUGUUGCUGUCACUAAGUCUCCUAAAGGCAUGGGCCUGGAGGGGCUGGAGAUCGAACCCGACUCCUAUGACGCCCCCGCUGACCUCUCCUCCGACGAAGAGUACCUGAGCGUGGAGGAGACAGAGUCUUCUCGAGCCGCUCGCCUCAAGAAGUCCAUGGUGAAGAGCACGGAGACACUGAAGGCUGCCUUCUCCAAGGAGAACAUGAACAAGACCAAAGACAACCUCGGCUCCAAGUUCCACAACCUGGGCGAGAAGGUCAUGCCUCCCGAGCGGCGCGAGAAGAUGCACCAGGCCGGCGAGCGGCUGAAGCAGUCGGGCGAGCGGCUAAAGGACAACAUUGCCAAGAAAGCUCCCAACAAAGAAACCUUUCGCAUCAAGCUGAAGAAGGAGAGGGUUGUCGCCGAAGGUCAGGAGGGCGCCGAGGGCGAAGCCGAGCCCCACGAACAGGCCAAGGAGGAGGAGGAGCCACAGGCGCCGAACCAGGGCAUCGCCUACACCGAGGUCACAACGGAAAGCAAGAGGGAGGGGCCAGUGGAGUAGGUCGGCGUCACCAGGAAGCAGGACACUCGACUGUGAUUGGUCUACAGCGAUGAAGGACAUUUAGUUAGCCUGAAUUAAACAAAAGAAGUGAAAGUGUUAUCACUUUAUGAACUGGUUAUUUAUUCAAUCUUUGACGUGAGUGAAUGAGUGAGUGAGGGCAAUAAUUCACCAAAACACCACCACUUUAAAGCUGCAGUGCGUAACUUCGUAAACAAAUCUUUGACGAAUGACUUCACACUCUCUCGCUGUCCCUUGUGUCACCCAGCGACAUUCCCCCGCUGCGCACAGGAAGUGAUUUUCCCACUUGAGCUAGUGAGGUGGGAGAGUGCAGUUUGUCUCCGCCCACCCCCGCUCUCCUGCUGCAUACACACAAACACUCCGCCAGUCAGGUCUGACAGGGUUGUCUGUUUUCAGAUGAAGAAAAAAGACAUUUUGUCAAAGUGAGGACAUUUUGUCAAAGCGAGGACAUUUUGUUAAAGGGAGGACAUUUUGUCAAAGCGAGGACAUUUUGUUAAAGGGAGGACAUUUUGUCAAAGCGAGGACAUUUUGUUAAAGGGAGGACAUUUUGUCAAAGUGAGGACAUUUUGUCAAAACAAGGACAUUUUGUCAAUGGGAGGACAUUUUGUCAAAGCAAUUACAUUUUGUCAAAGGGAGGACAUUUUGUCAAAGGGAGGUAAUUUUGUCAAAGUGAGGACAUUUUGUUAAAGUGAGGACAUUUUGCCAAAGCAAGGACAUUUUGUUAAAGUGAGGACAUUUUGCCAAAGCAAGGACAUUUUGUCAAAGUGAGGACAUUUUGUUAAAGGGAGGACAUUUUGUCAAAGCGAGGACAUUUUGUCAAAGCGAGGACAUUUUGUUAAAGGGAGGACAUUUUGUCAAAGCAAGGACAUUUUGUCAAAGAUAGGACAUUUUGUUAAAGGAGGACAUUUUGUCAAAGCGAGGACAUUUUGUUAAAGGGAGAACAUUUUGUCAAAGGGAGGACAUUUUGUUAAAGGGAGGACAUUUUGUCAAAGCGAGGACAUUUUGUUAAAGGGAGAACAUUUUGUCAAAGCAAGGACAUUUUGUUAAAGGGAGAACAUUUUGUCAAAGCAAGGACAUUUUGUUAAAGGGAGGACAUUUUGUCAAAGCAAGGACAUUUUGUUAAAGCGAGGACAUUUUGUCAAAGUGAGGCCAUCGCUUAUGUUCACAAAGGACAAGUUACUUACUGCAGCUUUAAGCUUCGUAAUUUAAGACUUGAGUCCAAAUUUCAGAGACGUGCGAUUUUUCAGAGGUUGUGUUGUAGUUGGGGAUCGGGGUCAAAGGUCACACGAGGUUUAGGGUCUGACAGAGAAGAGAGGACAGACAUGUUGAUGUAAGGUUUGCAUCUCUUGUACAUAUGAAGGAGACUUCAGUCCGUGGAGGUCUCAGCUGGUUUCUGAGGAACCCGGACUCAACGUCAGACUGGAUUCUGAGAGCGGGAGAAAAAACAAACAAACAUGUAGACGUAGAAGAAGACGAGGUGAGAGUGAGACACAGCAGGACAAGGCUGUCGCACGUAGAAGCUAUGGAAUUUAACACCGACGAGGAACACAGAGCGUGGUCGAGGGUUCUAAAAAUCUGAAGAUAAAUAUAAAUAAAGUUAACGUACAUUCAUUGCAACUCUGGCACCUUUGAACAGAACUCAAGAACAAGAACUCAUGAUUUUACGAACACGACAUGUUUUGCGCUCCCAUGGUAAAGUUAGAAAGUGAUAUUCUCUAUAUAAAUCUGUAUUUACACCUGUACGUGUAAUCUACAGUGAUGAAGUACUCGAGUCCGGUCUCAAGACCGAUUUCUGCUUUCUCUGACUCAUCUCAGACUUGUUCCUUCAAAGACUCAGUCUUGACUCGGACUUGGACCACAGUGGGAGGAGAAGGUCUCGUAAUUUCAGACCAACGCAUUUUUUUAUGUUCUAGUUAUAUCCUAACUAUGAUUAAAAAAGUCAUGUUGAUGACAGAGCAGCACUGUUGAAACAGUUUAUAAAAAUAGGCAGAAGAUGAUGCAUGUGAUAGGGAUUUUUUUAAUGAUAGUAAAAGCAUAGUCCAUAUUAAGACGUUAAGACUGCGCCUCUAAACAAUUCCCAAUCUAGCUUAGUCUAUAGGCCUAACUGUUGAUUAUUAACUGGAGUGAUACUAAAUCAUGAAUAUGAAAAUUGACAUGUUUUUAUGGUCUUGGUCUCGACUCGGUCGCGACUUCUUGAGGACUCGGUCUCGACUCAGACUUGCUUCCUCAAAGACUUGGUCUUGACUCGGACUCGACUGUAUUUGAAAACCAACGGACUCAGUCUCGACUCGGUCUCGACCCUUCAAAGACUCGGUCUUGACUCGGACUCGGCAUAGGCAGUCUCAUCCCCAUCACUGGUAAGCUACACCGUUCUGCCAGCAGGUGGCGCUAUACCCACAGGCCACUUCACCACAAUUGCUGUAGCCACGCCCCUUUUUGAAUCUGUUAAUUUUAAUAUUAAUUGGCAUGUUUUUUAUGUUGGUAAGAUAAACGCGCAAAUCGCAGAGAAGGAAGCCAAAUUCAAAAUGGCUGACUUCCUGUUGAGUUGAGGUCUUGGUUCCUGUGGGCUUUUUUGUUUGUCUCGGUCUGCGACAUGUCCCCACCACGUUUUGUGAAAUUUGGUGCACCGGGCUUUACUUUUGGGGGCACUAACGAUGAAAGCGCUAACGAUGAAAACACUAACAUGAAAAAUGCUAACAAUGAAGAUGAUGAAAACUCUAAAACAGGGGUCUCAAACUCAAAUUACCUGUGGGCCACUGACGGUCUCGUCUGGUCAGUCGGGGGCCAGUCAAGUAAAAAAAAAAAGCCCAACUUUUUUGGGAAAGCAACAGUUGUGGUUGAUGUUAUGAGCUCAUAUCAUCAAUAUGCCAUAUUAAUUCCUUUUACUCUUGCCUCGUGUGAGCUUUUCUGUCUUUUAUCCAUUAUUCUGUAUAGCACUUUGGUCCACUGUGUUUGUUUUGUGCUUUACAAAUAAAGUUGGAUUGGAUUGGAUAAUUUCAAAAUAUAAGUGCUUGUUUUAAUAUCCAACAAUAAAAAAAGCAUAUUUAUGAUGCAAAAUUAAUCUAUUAAUUUAAAAAUAAAAACAUAUAGAAAUGACUCGUUACAACUUGAUAUCGUUUGGAGAGCCACAUGAAAUCGAUUGGAGGGCCACAUGUGGCCCCCGGGCCGCCAGUUUGAGACCCCUGCUCUAAACGGUGAAAACGCUAACAUUCAAAAUGCUGAUGAUGAAAACGUUGACGCUACUGUAAACAUCGGAAGGGUGGUGCUCAACAGUAACAAAUGAUAACUUAUUAUUAUAAUUUAUUUGGUUCAUGAAAAUAGAGGAGUAACUUUUCGUGAAAGACUUUCAGUAUUAGCCCCAUUGUAACGCAAUGCUACGCUACUGUCGUCACUUUACACGACGAGUAACCACUCAAAUAUGACUAUGAAUUUCCGAUCUAUGUACUCUGGUCUGGUGCAAACUACAAGCUGCAAACUAGCUCCGAAAUUGCGACGUAAGUGGUGCGACCCAACCCUGAACUCUGUAUGACUAAAAUGACAACGUAUUAACUCGCCGAUCUUCCAUGGGCUCCGCCUCUUUUUGAAAGCCUAAACAGGUUGUAUGAACACAAAUUACUCAGCGCUGAUCUCGUCAUCGCAGUAAACAUGUCGCCAUGUGAUGGCGCCACUUUCACUUUACGUUCUGUUUUAUUCUGAAGGUCACGUCACACAAACGUUACUUUAACAGAUUUCAGAGAAUCCGAUCUUUGCUGCUAGAGGCUUUUUUUCUCUUUUUGCACUGCUGCUUUUUAGUGUAUUUUUAUUAUUUAUUUGUAUUUUAUUCUCCAGUUUUUGCUGCUUGUUAGUUUUAUUUUGAAGGUGAUCACUGACAUCACACUUUUAGGCGCAAAUCUUUUCUUCUACUCUUUUCAUUUUAUGUUUAGCUCAGCAUCUUAUUGUGAAAGACACACUUCCUGCUUUGGUAACUUUCUGUAUCCUUGUUGCUGCUGGUGAAUGGAUAAACGCUGUGUUCCAGUUGUACUCAGAAGUUGUAACUCGGAACAACUGACUUUGGAGUUUUUGUAUAAUCAUUUCCACCGUCACCAGUAGGGGGCAGUGUGGUGUGUUUUUGAAGUUGCUAUCUCUGCGUACACUCAAAACACAGAAAUAACGAUUGAUAUAUUUUUUUGUUGUGAAAGUUUUAAAAAGGUUUCAUUUCUUACAUGUGUCUCACUUUUUUCACUUUGAAUCAGUUUAAUUUUUUUUUUUCAUCUGAACCCAGCGUCGGUCGGCCGACUGAACCCUGUGUGUGUUUUGUUUUGUACAAAUAAAUAAAGUUGUGUUGAAACCGA